GAAGACAUUACAUCAUUACAAUGUGAUCACCAUCCACAGGCAAACAAGCAUGGUCGGAUUAAGUAGUUUGCGGGUCUCACUAACCUGUACUUGUACACUACUUGCUGAAAGUGAUCUGGUCCCAGGUCGUCUGUGUGGCAGUUUGAUAAAAGACAGCUUUAUGAACAGAUAUAUUAGAUUUUGAAAAAGGACCCUGCAACUAGCCAAGGACAACAUGCAUGGACAUAAGAUUAAUGCAGGACCCUUCUUUGUUAAAUGUGUAUAUUUAUGGUGCAUAUACCUGAAAUUUGGCAAUUAAUAGAAUUAUAUUUAUCUAAUUGACCAACAGCGAAUCUGGGUGUUUUGGGACCUAACCUGGUAACCUCUGGUCAAUGAAUUAACCUUUCCAUAUAAACGUUAAUGAUUAUUACCAUAUUUGCCUCAGCUAAAUAUUAACCCACUUUUGAAAUGCAUAAUGCAACAAGCAUAAACAGUCAAUAUCCAUGACUUGUUAAAAGCAUCCAUACAUUUCUGGCUUGUUGCUUCAGGGGUAAUGUAUGUUUACGCAGAAAAAUGAAUAGAAAAUGGCUUCAAGUUUAUUGGAAAUAUAGCCCCAAAUUUGGGUUUCACUCAUAGCUACUUGCAAUCCUUGGCAUGGGGCCCCUGCAAGCAGCACAGGAGAGGUUUUCUUGGCUAAAACCCCACUUCGAGACACGCUGUAUUUGAAUACAGGUGCUUCAAGGCUGCAUGACAGUCAUCACCAUGUCCAAUUAAUGCCACAGCGAAUCCCUCCAAGAAAGUUAACGGGGUGGGUCCAAUGAGGCAACCCCUGCCUGCAGUUACGCGUGGCUACGCCUUUAAAAGCCUCACCAUGUUGCCAUCACAUGCUUCAGCACAGAAGUGGGAUGAGGAUGUUCUUGUUGUUGUUAUGUAAAACACAUUUGUUACUUAUAUUUCAAAAGGAGCUCGGAGGAGACUUUUGCGGAGGAUUUCUUCACUUUGCAUGGAAGGAGGGGGCCCAGCCCUCCCGUCUGUCAGCGCUGCAGUCAGUCAGUCAGUCAGUCAGUCAUGUUGUGCUGCUAGUUGUUGUUCAGUAGCAACACACCGACUGGUGCGCAAACUGAAAGCUGCGUUCAGUGUUAAUGCCAAGUGACGGAUAUAAGCGACGUGUGUGCGGGCUACUGACUCUGUCUCCAGCAGCAGCACUCGGGGUUUUCAGCCGUGCUGGCGUUGGAAGAGUGGAUGGGCUAGAAAAAAAAAAAAAAACAGCCUGAGCAAACCCUGCUCGUGUCGGAGAGGAGUGUUACCUCUUCUUGCGAGAACAGAGUUGUUUGCUCCGUCUCUUCUCUCCUCUCGUCGAUAUUCAAAGGGGUUCCCUCGAGCUGAGUGGUGAAACAUCGGCGACGUUCGCGUUUAUUUCCUCGAGUUGAGCUGCGUCGGUUAACCAGUCGGACGAGGCUGACUUGCCUUACCUAGCCAUUUGGAAAACAAGGUGCCCUGACUGGCUCCUCACACCACUGAAAACCAGACGAGAUAGUGCCAGCCACAGAGAGCUACGUUACGGUCCUGUGGAGAAGCAUGUGAUGACUCACGCAAGGCAGAAGGGUUCCCUCAGGCAGAGCCGCAGCAGUGCUGAGUGGUGGGACAACUGUCCUCUUUGGCCACAUGGUGGCACUAUGGGUGGCGCCUGGCCUGAGCGCUCACUACGAUUCGGCAGGACAAAGAAGAUAGGUGAGAUCAUCAAACAAGGCAAAGACAUGGCCAAAAAGAUGACCCACAAGAGAGGGAGAAAAGAAAAAUCCAAUCAGAACAGAAAACUUGACCGGCGGCGUGACAAGAAACGGGACAGGAAGUUGUAUCCCUUGCGGGGGAGGGCUGGGGGUUCAGGCGAGGAAGGGCUCAGCUGCCAUGUCCUCCUCACCCGAUUGGAGGAAAGCAUCCGUAAAAAGGAGAAUCCUGAAGAAAGGGAAGGAAACAAUGCACGCCGACAUUUAUCCCGGAAAGCCAAACCCAAAAAAGGGAAAAGCAAUGAGAGAAGAGAGUCAAAGACAUCACCAAAAAACAAAUCAAAGUCAGUCAGCCCAAGUCAUGGUGAGUGUAUUCAUGUCUCACAACCACGCAAGCGCCGACUAGCCUCUCUCAAUGCUGAGGCAGUGAACAGUCUACUGCUUGAAAGAGCGACUGACCCUCAGCCAGCAGCGAAACAGGCCAGGAGGCAGGAAGAACCCACAAAUGGAGGGGGUUCCCCGGAUGCAGACCCAGCCAGAAGUGGUGUCCCUGGAGGUCUGAAGGCUUCACGUGGCAACAUCAGUAAAGUCUCCACGUCUCACAGACUUGAACUGUGCCAAAGCUCUAAGCCAGUCAAGAAGGCCAAAGUCAACCGAGGUGAUGAGAGCAGGGGGAUGAGUCAGGAGAGUCUGGAUGCCCCCGCUCCCAGACGAUUGGCUGGACUCAACGCUGCAGCCCUGCUGAAGUUAACCAGCUCCUCUGCUACCAGUAAGCAGAGAGUAAAGGCUGCACCCACAGCUACUAUCACAUCAGACUGCAAGGCUCCAGCUGCAGUCUCAACCCCAAAACAGCACACCAGAGUCAAACUCAAAAACAAGGGGCGAUCACAAAAGCAGAAGGGGAAAAAGGCCCCUCCCCUGCACAGUGGCUGCACAGCCUGCAAGAAGAAGGCAGACUUUGAGCCCAAAGUGGAGUGGGAGCCCGGCAGCUGCACCCAUAGACUGACCAAACCAGGCUACCAGUCACGCAGCAUGCUAGCGUACCCGCUGAAGCAAGUGAAGGAGGAGCAGCUGGAGACCGAACUGAGCCCAUACUACUGCUGUCCCCCAGAGGGCUCAGUGGAAUACUGCCACCGCUUGGCCUUCUUCCUGGGCCAGCAGCCCUACGGAGAAUCAGACGAUCAGCCUCUUAACACAGCCAUGACCCCUGUGAAGCGCGAGUGCCUCGUAACCUCACCGUCCCUGACACAUUCCCACCCGCAUACGGCCCUGACCCUCAGCCCCCACCCCUGCCUCUGCACUGCUGACCACUGCUUCUCCAGCUACUACGUGCACAUCGCCCACCCGACACACACUGGAACGACGUCACCAACCCUGGGCUCGCGACCUCUGAACUUUGCCCCUUCCAGUUUGUGCCCUAAUCGGAUGACUGGCUCCAAGUUGCUGGACCCGCGGGUGUCCCACGCCUCAGGGCUGACUCACCCCGCCUACUGCAACUCUGUGGCUUCACCCUGUUAUGGCGACGCCUGCGGGAUUAGUGGCUACACCUACAGAGCCAUGCCUCCCGUCACCAGCAGGGGUUGUUCUUUCAGCACAGGAUGCACUGGAUGUACACACGGCAUCAAAACAGAGGGUUACUCCUCCCCUCAGGGUGACCACAGCCCGUCUCUUCUGGUUCCCCCCUCCCUGCCCAUCUCCAGCUGCCCUCUAUCCAGCGUGCCCACGUCCACCCAGACUAAACCCCACCUGCUGACUCCCCUGUCGGGGCGAGACCAGCCCCAGGCCAGGUUAAAGCUGGCCAGGGAAUGCCCACAGAGCACCAAGCCCUCCAACGGCUCCCUGUCAAUGGGCCGCACACGGCUGCCUCAGAAACAGCCGUCACCUGUGCCAAGCCUCAGCAGCACCAAGCAAAAGAAAGUCAGCCGCAGACGUGCCACCAACGGCUGGCGGCCCGUUGGAAUUCCUACAGAAAGGGAGGUCUUCAUUGCGGGAGAGGAUGAGACGGCCCUGCGGCAGUGUUAUGAAGGAGUCGAGAGGGAUGGUGAAGUGAUUCAUGUCAGAGACACCGUGCUGCUACGAUCGGGCCCCAGGAAGAAAUCCCUUCCAUAUGUUGCCAAGAUAUCAGCGCUUUGGGAGGACCCCAAAACAGGAGAGCUGAUGAUGAGUCUUUUCUGGUACUACCGACCUGAGCACACCCAGGGAGGCCGAGAUCCCAGCGCACACUGUGAGAAUGAGAUUUUUGCCUCUCGGCAUCAGGAUGAAAAUAGUGUGGCCUGCAUAGAAGACAGAUGCUACGUUCUCCCACUAGCCCAGUACUGUAGAUUUUGUGCCUUGGUGAAGCGGCGUGCCGAAGGCGCCCCACCUGGCAGUGCCAGCAUGGUGCCCUGCCGCCCCGACUUCGCCCCCCCUUCCCACCGUUGUGUGCCCAUAGACGUCGACCCCGAGCUGGUGUAUCUCUGCCGGCACGUCUACGACUUCCGCUACGGACGCAUCCUGAAGAACCUGCAGUAGAGGGUGGAGGGGUUACCGCAUCUAUGAAUUAAUCAUCACGAAGCUCCCCCUCCUGCUCAGCGGGGGAGCUGGAGGACAGAACUCCCCGGUCUUUUCUGCUGGGGACCUCACGAUCAGAGGGAAGGGGGCUGAUGGGGGUGGGGCUGGUUUUGGCCAGGGACAGAUGACGCAAAAAGUGUUUGAGACACAUUAUGAAGCACAGAUCCCUUUAGUCGAGUACAGAAGGGGUUACAAUGUGAUAGAUUAAUCCAUCUCAGUCAGAGCACCAAUAUUUCCUGGUUUGGAAGAGUGAGGAAGGAACUUUUUUGUUCUUCAGCUUGGAUUUUUGGACUUCCACAACACUCUGAGGUUACAUGGAAAGGUGUGUGUGUGUGUGUGUGUGUGUGUGUGUGUGUGUGUGUGUGUGUGUGUGUGUGUGUGUGUGUGUGUGUG